ACAAGAUUUACCCAAACAUACGAAAGCUUUUGACAGUCAACAUUCUCACCUCGACAGUUUAAUGUCAACCAAAACUAAUCUAGCCGAGAGGAGUACGAUGUCGGACGCCGCCUCUAGCGGUAAGCGUGAGGGCCAGUUUGAAGACGAUGGUUCGGCGGCAAAGAAGUUGAGACCUGAUUCCUUAGAGGGACAAUCUUUAGUUCAAGAAAUCAAGAAAACAUGUUUAUCGGGUGUUAAGGAGCCAAGUGUUGUCGAGAUUGAAGCAGAAGCAGCGGAAGAUAAAGGUACAAGGCACUCGAUGGAGGAUACCUGGGUUAUUCUUCCUGACGCCACAUUAGGUCUUCCAGGAACAUUGAGAUGUUCACACUAUGCAAUCUAUGAUGGACAUGGAGGCCGGUUAGCUGCUGAAUAUGCUCAAAAGAAUUUGCACAAAAAUGUUGUCUCAGGCUUACCACGUGAGUUGUUGGAUGUAAAGGUUGCAAAGAAGGCGAUACUUGAUGGUUUCAAGAAGACAGAUGAAUCUCUUCUCGCAGAAAGUUCUACACGUGGGUGGCAGGAUGGUGCCACAGCUGUAUGUGUUUGGGUAAUAGAGCAAAAGGUGUUUGUUGCUAACAUUGGUGAUGCAAAAGCAGUCGUAGCACGGGUAUCUACUGCAGAUGCACCAGGGAAUAUUUCUGAUGGACCUAGUCAGUUAAAGGCUAUCGUAUUAACAAGAGAACACAAAGCCAUAUAUCCACAGGAACGUGCAAGAAUUCAAAAGGCUGGUGGAUCUGUGGGUUCAAAUGGAAGAUUGCAAGGUCGCCUUGAUGUUUCUAGAGCUUUUGGUGACCGUCAGUUUAAAAAGGUUGGUGUGAUUGCUACUCCAGAUAUUCAUAUCUUUGACAUUACAGAAAGAGACCGAUUUAUCAUUCUUGGCUGUGAUGGAUUAUGGGGGGUUUUUGGUCCUGGUGAUGCUGUUGAAUAUGUUAGCAAACUUCUAAAGGAAGGAUUACCCGUUUCUACAGUAAGCCGACGUCUGGUUAGAGAAGCUGUUCGAGAGCGAAUGUGCAAAGACAAUUGCACCGCAAUUAUCAUUCUACUCAAGAAGUAAAUUUGCCACAACUGCCACUUAUAAACUUCCCUUUUCUUCAAACUGUUGGUUAGAUAAGUCAUUUGAAUGUGCCUGGAUUCGACCUACUUACAAUGGGAUUAUGUAUAAUCAUAAAAUUAGACACUUUUCCUUUUUUUGAAUUCAGUUGUCAUUUACUAUUUUGUGAAUAAUAGUAGCAACCUUGAAAUCAUCCA